AUGGGUCAGAGACAGUCUACGGAUAAUGCAACGCAGGAAGAGCAGCCUCCAGCAAAAGCCGAUUACUAUGAUCUUCUUGGGGUCGAGCGUACAGCCACAGACGACGAGAUCAAGAAGGCCUACCGGCGUAAAGCCCUCGAACUCCACCCCGAUCGCAAUUACGGUAACGUCGAAGCUGCGACCGCGUUGUUCGCAGAGAUUCAAUCCGCCUAUGAAGUCCUCUCCGAUCCUCAGGAACGAGCCUGGUAUGACUCCCAUAGAGACAUUCUCCUCCGCGGCGAUGCUGCCGCUGGUGCAGACGCCACUGACUUUUCGUACAAUAUUCGCAUGACCUCGGCGGAGGAAGUGCUAAAGUUGAUGAUGAAGUUCAAUGGUCGUCUCGAUUUCACAGACGCCCCGAGUGGCUUUUACGGAGGAUUGAAUGACUUCUUCAAGCAGCUCGCAAAGGAGGAGGACAUUGCUUGUCAGUGGGAGGGUCAAGAUUAUAUGGACUAUCCCGAGUUCGGUCUGAAAGAUGACGAUUACGAGGAUACAGUCCGCCCUUUUUACGCCUCAUGGAAUGGCUUUGCCACUAGAAAAAGCUAUUCGUGGAAGGACCAGUACAGACUCUCGGAUGCGCCCGAUCGAAGGAUCAGGAGGAUGAUGGAGAAAGAAAACAGAAAGUUGCGCGAGGAGGCGAUUCAAGAAUACAACGAGGCGGUGCGGUCUCUUGUUGCGUUCGUGCGGAAGCGAGACCCUCGAGUCCAAAAUAACCAAAAGUCCGAAGCCGAGCGGCAAAAAGCACUUCGAGAAGCGACUGCGGCGCAGGCGGCACGAUCCAAGGCGGCGAGGUUGGCCAAAAUGGAAGAGAUGGAUACCGCUGCAAUACCAGAGUGGGCAAGAUCAAGACCUUCUCAUGAUGAAUUGGAGGGUGGUUUUUCUAGCGAAUCUGAAGUGGAAGAGCAUGCAUAUGAUUGUGUGGUUUGUGACAAGACGUUCAAGAGUGAGGCGCAAUACAUGUCACAUGAGAAGAGCAAAAAGCAUAUCAAAAUGCUAAAACAACUACAGAAAGAGAUGCGCGCUGAAGGUAGGGCGCUAGAUUUGGAGGUCGAGAAUUCGGCCCCGGAAGUUGAGGUUGAGGUUCCUGGGGAGGGAGAAGCGCGUCCUCUGGAUGCCACCGAUGAGCCCGUUGACUUGAAUGUGGACGGCGAAGAUUUUUCAGAUGGCGUCGCGGAACAAUCAGAUGUCGACGCGGCGACGCAGGUCAAAGGUACUUCGGGCGGAUCUGAGGAGACCGAGGAUGAUUCUGACGACGAUUAUGCGGCUCGAUCUGACAUUGAGCAACGGAUAGCAGGAGGCUCCGUGAGUGGGACAUCGUCUAAAAUCGCGGGUAUCAGUUUGGAAGAUACGCCGCCCGAGACAUCGGAGAUGGAAACAGCAACGCAACGGCAGCCGAAGAUGGGGAAGGCCAAACAGAAGAAGGCCAGGAAAGCAGCACAGAAAGCGGCAGAUCCAACGGAUAAGGUCGGAUCUAUGUUGCAAUGUGCUGUGUGCCAGGCUGAAUUUCCUUCAAAGAACAAACUAUUCGACCAUAUCAACAAGGAAAAGCAUGUGGCGUAUAAGACGGAGCUGAAUCAAGCCAAGGGGUCGAAGAGCACUAGAGGGAAGAAGAGGUGA